UUCUGUUGUGAGUCCCACCGCUUAGAUUUGCGUUACAAUGCGUAUGGAUAUCAAACGCAGUUAACGGCUAACAGCGUGAAGAGUACGUGUCGUUAUUUGUUUUUCUGGCGUUUACCACUGUUUUUAAAUCGCUAAACGGGCUCUAAUCACAGAUUAGUUUAAAUUACUUUCGCUGUCUUCUGAAAGUUAAGCCACUGAAGAAUUCCUGGAUUUAACGGUAAAGCACUUGAGUUAAAGUGUCGUUUUGGAGUCUCGUGGGGACGCGCGCGUUUUGAGGAGCUGCGUUGCCCACACGCUUCUUUAUAUCAAGGGGAAUUAUUUACCGCGCUAGCCUACUUGGACAGAAUAUUCUCCCCUCAGCAUCCGAGUCGUGCUGUGUAUUGCUGCAGGCGAGUGCGUUUGGACCCGUUCCUGUGGGACGCGAUGAAGAAGAGCUAGCUUUGGAGUUUUACCCCUCGUUGUUUUUGAAUCCACCUCGGGACUUCAUAUGUGGAGGCUGCUUUAGCGUCACUGGCUGCUUCAUCCACCGCUUCGCCUUCGCGUUAAAUGCAUGACUGAGCCGACAGCAUGUGGGGUUCCACCGCGCAGGUAGUGGUCGCUCUCUGGUGUCAGCUGGUCCUGGCCGCGUCCAGCCUGGAAAUUGCCUUGUACGACCCGGAGCGGGGCCAGCCGGCCAAGUGCGAGCCCAUCACCAUCCCCAUGUGCCAGGGCAUCGGCUACAACGAGACGCGCAUGCCCAACUUCAUGGGGCACGAGAGUCAGCGUGAGGCAGCCAUCAAGCUUCAGGAGUUUGCGCCGCUGGUGGAGUACGGCUGCGACCCACACCUGCGCUUCUUCCUCUGUUCGCUCUACGCGCCCAUGUGCACUGACAAGGUGUCGGCAUCCAUCCCCGCGUGCCGGCCCAUGUGCGAGCAGGCACGCCAGAAGUGCUCGCCCAUCAUGGAGAAGUUCCACUACGCCUGGCCUGACUCGCUGGACUGCUCCCGCCUGCCCACGCGCAACGACCCACAGGCGCUCUGCAUGGAGGCGCCCGAGAAUGACACCAAGGUGGAGGGCAAGAAGGGCGAGGGCAUGCUGCCCGUGCCGCCCAGGCAGCGCCCGGCAGGCGGAGGUGGCAGUGGCGGCCCCGGCGGAGGGGUAGGGGGCCGGGGGCCCGGCGGACUGGGCACGUGCCCCAACCCGGAGAAGUUCCAGUACGUGGAGAAGAGCGGCUCGUGUGCGCCGCGGUGCUCGCCUGCAGUCGAUGUCUUCUGGUCGCGCCGCGACAAGGACUUCGCCUUUGUGUGGAUGGCCGUGUGGUCGACACUCUGCUUCGUCUCGACCGCCUUCACCGUGCUCACCUUCCUGCUGGAGCCGCAGCGCUUCCAGUACCCCGAGCGGCCCAUCAUCUUCCUCUCCAUGUGCUACAACGUCUACUCGGUGGCCUUCAUCAUCCGCUCGGUGGCCGGCGCCGAGAACAUCGCCUGCGACCGCGAAAACGGCGAGCUCUACAUCAUCCAGGAGGGCCUGGAGAGCACCGGCUGCACAAUCGUCUUCCUCAUCCUCUACUACUUCGGCAUGGCCAGCUCCAUCUGGUGGGUCAUUCUCACGCUCACCUGGUUCCUGGCGGCCGGCAAGAAGUGGGGCCACGAGGCCAUCGAGGCGCACAGCUCCUACUUCCACAUGGCCGCCUGGGGGCUGCCCGCGCUCAAGACCAUCGUCAUCCUCACCAUGAGGAAGGUGGCAGGCGACGAGCUGACAGGGCUCUGCUACGUGGGCAGCAUGGACGUUGGCGCGCUGACGGGUUUCGUGCUGGUGCCGCUGUCCUUCUACCUGGUGGCGGGCACCUCGUUCCUGCUCUCCGGCUUCGUGGCGCUUUUCCACAUCCGGCGCGUUAUGAAGACCGAGGGCACCAACACGGCCAAGCUGGAGAAGCUGAUGGUCAAGAUCGGCGUCUACUCCAUCCUCUACACGGUGCCGGCAACCUGCGUCAUCGUCUGCUACUUCUACGAGCGCCUCAACGUGGACUACUGGGCGUUCCGCGGCCUGGAGGCCAAGUGUGUGACGCUGACAGGCCGCCGCCAUGAGGACUGCUCGCUGGCCGAGUCGGUGCCCACCGUCGGCGUCUUCAUGCUCAAGAUCUUCAUGUCGCUGGUUGUGGGCAUCACCAGUGGCGUCUGGGUGUGGAGCUCCAAGACGCUGCAGACGUGGCAGGGCCUGUGCAGCCGCAAGCUGGCAGAGAGGACUAGCAACAGGAAGCCCUGCGGAGGGGUGGUGCCCGGGGGGCUGGUGGUGGGCAUGGGCGGAGGAGGCGCAGGUGGAGGAGGUGGUGGUGGUGGGGGUGUAGGUGGCAUGCCCGGGUGUAACAGCACGCACUGCCACUACAAGUCCCCCGCGGUGGUGCUACACAUGUCCAAGACUGACCCUUACCUGGACGGACCUGCUCAUGUUUAAAAGGCGGACUGCUUGUGUGUGUGUGUGUGUGUGGAGGAGGAGGAGGAGGAGGAGGAGGAGGGGGCGGGGUGCAUGUGUAUUUGUGUUGUGAGUCUGAAUGCACAAAGCUGCAAAGGGAGACUUUUUGACCUCAUCUGAAAGGGACAGUUUGGGAGCAGAUUGGGGGUGAUUUGCCCUCUCCCAAAGAUGAACUGAAGACAUUUUUAAGUCAGGCUGUCACUGACAUUGUCAUCACAUGUGUUUUAACAGGGCAUUGAAAGAGUCGGUUGACAGACUCUGAGAAAAGACUGAACAAGAUUAAGGGAAAACUCUUAUAUUACUCAUAGUAAACAUGCAAUGGAACAAAUUCAGAUACAAAAAAAGAAACGAAAAAAAAACUUUCAGAUAUGCAGGCUGUUUAUAAUACUUAUUUGCAAAGCAAGGUUGCCUUGCAUGGGUUUAUGAAUACAAGGAUGUGUACUUUUUUGAAACUCUAUAAAACACUUCAGUAUGUGUAAAUGUAAGAUAUAUUAUCGUUAUUUAUUGUAUAUAUUUAAUUUCUAUUUGUUUGGUUUGUCAGAUGAUUGAGUUCACAAUUCUGAGAGCCAAUGAAAGGGAAGUGCCUUUAUAAAUUUAAUGUUCUAGAAAAAAGAUAAUAAAUGCGCUAUAUAUUUUCAAGUAUA